AUGCCCAAAUCGCUCGGCAGCAUUGCAUCGCAUCGCACCUGUGACCCCUCGGCCGUCAAUACCGUACAUCUUACCUCACAUAGCGAUCCGUCCAUACCUCUCGUUAGCGUCUUCUCACCCUUUAUAUGGAGUCGCACAGACCCGCCCUACGAUCAACGGCAGCACCCGCCGCGUCCGCGCCCGUCAUUACAGGUGUACUACACAGCCCCUGAAGCGGGCGACCCCGCAUAUCUAGAAUUGGCCGCUCGCACUCUAGAGACGGAGAUACUCAACGAACGCCACCAGGGGAAAGAUCCCGAUGAACUUGCAGACUUGAUACAUGCAUGCAUAGAGCACCAACAAUGCGAGAUCGCUGCCCGGUCCCAGGACAAGGGUUGGUACAUCCAGCGCUAUGACGUCGGCGGCAGUCAGUGGCGGAGGGCGUUGUGGGUGGGGCAGGACGAGAAGGAGAGGAGAGAUGUUGGUCUGAGCAUAGUAUUUUUUGAUUUGGUCAAUCGCGAAGAAAGCGACGAACCCGAACCCAGACCGAUAUACUUGGAUCACAGGGCUGAAUCGGUAGAGAUGGAGGACGUCUUAAUCAGAGAACUCAAGGCGGAGCUAAAUUGGCAACACAGUGCCUCACAAUUUGAGGAAUAA